GUCACUGCGUUCCUGAGCAUGCCUACAAAGCGUCGAAAAUAAACAAUAGACCAAGCAAGAGAGAUACAUUUUGGAGCGUCCAAAAACUUCAUUAAAUUAAGUAAAAACGCGAUUUCAGUGGACAUACAGCCUCUAAAUUGGAAAACAAACGUCUCAGUAACCAUGGAAAACGUAUUUUCGUUGCGAGUGAGUGUGUUCUCCGACCAAGGCGGCAGGAAAUAUAUGGAGGAUGUGACCGAGGUUGUAGUGGAGCCCGAGCCGGGGGAGGAUGAGCUUGAGUCGCCGGAACAAGGCGACGCAAAAGUGGACAGCUGUUCGUCUGCUGACAGUACGCCGGUAAACGUGGUUCAACAGCUAGCUCCAAGCAACCCAUGCAACGGCCCCCUUCCUUCACCGGCAGCCACCACGGUGGCAUGGACUCAUAACAUCACAAACGACGGCGAAAGUUGUGCAGCGGCAUCGGUGGAGGGCGAAACACCAACUGACGAGACUCUUCCACGGCGUUCAGUGGCUUAUUUCGCAGUUUUUGACGGCCAUGGGGGACGAGAAGCAGCGCAAUUUGCUCGGGACCAUCUUUGGGAUUUUAUAAAGAAACAACGGGGCUUUUGGUCCAAUGACGACGAGGAAGUGUGUGGGGCGAUCCGCAAGGGCUUCGUUGCCUGCCAUUACGCCAUGUGGAGAAAGCUGCCGGAGUGGCCGAAGACGCUGACGGGGCUGCCCAGCACGUCGGGCACCACGGCCAGCGUGGUGGUCAUACGGGGCGACCGCAUGUACGUGGCCCACGUGGGCGACUCGGGCGUGGUGCUGGGGGUGCGGGACGACCCCACCGACCAGUUCCUCCGCGCCGUGGAGGUCACGCAGGACCACAAGCCCGAGCUGCCCAAGGAGAGGGAGCGCAUCGAGGGGCUCGGGGGCAGUGUGAUUAAGAAGUCCGGGGUGAACCGCGUUGUGUGGAAACGGCCACGGCUCACUCACAACGGCCCCGUCAGGAGGAGCACCGUCAUCGACCAGAUCCCCUUCCUGGCCGUCGCCCGCGCCCUGGGGGACCUGUGGAGCUACGACUUCUACAGCGGGGAGUUUGUGGUGUCGCCCGAGCCGGACACCAGCGUGGUGAAGCUGGACCCGCGGCAGCACCGCUACAUCGUGCUGGGCAGCGACGGGCUGUGGAACAUGGUGCCCCCGCAGGACGCCGUGUCCAUGUGCCAGGACAACGACGAGGCCAUGGCGCAGGGCGGGGUCUCGAGCGCCCGGCAGCUGGUGAGCCACGCCCUGCUGCGGUGGCGGCAGCGGAUGCUGCGGGCCGACAACACCAGCGCCAUCGUGAUCGCGCUGCAGGAGCCCGGCCAGGCGCCGUCCCCGCUGCACCAGGAGGAGGUCCUGCUCAACCUGGCCGAGGGCCCCUGCUGCGGCCCCCCGUCCGGGUCCCGAUCCAACACCCCGCUGGUGAAGACGCUGGACGCCGAGGCCCCCUCCCCCGUGUGCGAGCUGCUCCCGGCGCUGGAGCGGCGGAACGCUUUUUCGGGGGCGACGCUGCGCGCCCUGUCCGACCCCCUCCUGCCCCCCUGCCUGUCCCCCCCGGAGGGGCGCUCCCCGGAGAGCCGGGCCCUGGCCGUGCGCACCAACGAGGGCGUGGCGUCCCCCUGCAAGCGGAGCCUGCAGAACUCCCCCGGCCCGUCGGGCAAGAAGGGGCGCCGCUGCCCCCCCUGCCCCGGGCCGGCCCGCCGCAGGAACGCCGAGCGCGCUGCCGGUCGCCGCGGCAACAGGGGCCAGAAGCAGCCCCCCACCGUGACUGACCUCCUGCAGCAGCACCGCAAAGCCACCGUGUGCGUGUGCUGAGCAAAUGCGUGUACACACACACACACACACGCAAACGCACACACUCACUCA